UCUCUCUCCAUCUGGAGUGAUGAGCUCACAUAUAUGAACUUAAUUUAUACACAUUUAAUUGUUUAUAACUUCAGUGUCCAAUAUCAUAAUUCUUCAACACAAGCACAUUAAUCUUGAAAGAGAACUUAUUUAAUUUUGUAGCACAAAUUCAAGUUCUUCUCUUGCUUGGUAGUCUCGGGAGUAAAUCCGCGAGCAAGGUUCUAAAUCAAGCAUAUAUAUUACACUGGACUGGUUUAGCAAUGGCAGAAGAUCAAUUACUAGAUUUAUACACUAAAGAUGGGACGGUAGAUUACCGUAAUAAUCCUGCAAAAAAGAAGGAAACAGGAACAUGGAAGGCAUGUCCUUAUAUCCUAGGAAAUGAAUGCUGUGAAAGAUUGGCAUACUAUGGGAUGAGCUCCAAUCUGGUUCUCUAUUUCAAGCAUCAUCUAAACCAGCAAAGUUCUACGGCUUCUAAGAAUAUCUCAAAUUGGUCAGGAACAUGCUACCUCACGCCUUUGAUAGGAGCAUUUCUCGCCGAUGCCUAUCUAGGAAGAUAUUGGACAAUUGCUAGCUUCUCUAUUAUCUAUGUCAUUGGAAUGACACUGUUGACAAUGUCAGCAACAAUUCCCGGCCUAAAGCCGACCUGUUAUGCUAAAGACGUUUGCUACGCAACAGAGACACAGAGUGCUGUGUGCUUCCUAGCACUAUACCUGAUAGCUCUUGGGACUGGAGGGAUUAAACCUUGUGUCUCAGCCUAUGGAGCAGAUCAGUUUGAUGAUGCUGACGAGGCAGAGAAGAAACACAAGAGUUCUUUCUUCAACUGGUUUUAUUUUGCAAUCAAUGUUGGCGCGCUUGUCUCUACAGUGCUGAUUUGGGUACAAGAUAAUGUGGGUUGGGGAUUGGGAUUCGGCAUUCCAGCCGCGACCAUGGCAAUUGCAGUUGUGAGUUUCUUUUCGGGUACUAGGUUGUAUCGGUACCAGAAACCUGGAGGCAGCCCUUUGACGCGAAUCUGUCAAGUGGUGGUGGCAUCUGUGAGGAAAUAUCGAGUUGAAGUGCCUCUGGACAACUCUCUUUUAUACGAGACUGCAGAUGCAGAGCACUCUCCAAUCAAAGGAAGUCGCAAGCUUGAUCAUACCAAAGAUCUUAGUUUCUUUGACAAGGCAGCAGUGGAGAUACAAUCAGAUCAGAUAAAGGGAGCAAAUCCAUGGAGACUUUGCACGGUGACACAAGUCGAGGAGCUGAAGGCCAUUGUACGGUUGCUUCCUAUAUGGGCCACUGGCAUCAUCUUUUCUGCUGCCUACAAUCAAAUGGGCAACUUAUUUACAUUGCAAGGCGAGAGAAUGAACACUCGUGUUGGCAACUCCAGCUUCAAGAUCCCACCACCAACACUAGGCAUUUUCGAUGUCCUCAGUGUCAUCUUCUGGGUGCCAUUCUACGAUCGAAUCAUUGUCCCCAUUGCCAGAAGAUUCACAGGGCACAAGAAUGGCUUGACUCAACUCCAGCGAAUGGGCAUUGGCUUCAUCAUAAUCAUCUUCUCCAUGAUAUUCGCAGGGGUUCUGGAGUUCAUUAGACUCGGAAUUGUGAGAAGACACAACUACUAUGACCGUGAUGAGAUGCCCAUGUCGAUAUUUUGGCAGGUCCCUCAAUAUUUCAUAAUCGGGUGUGCAGAGGUUUUCACAUUCAUAGGACAGUUGGAGUUCUUCUACGAGCAAGCACCCGAUGGCAUGAGAAGUAUGUGCACUGCUCUCUCACUCACCACUGGUGGACUAGGGAGCUACUUGAACACAAUUCUAGUGACUAUUGUUGUGAAAGUUAGUACUAGGAAUGGUAGUGUUGGUUGGAUACCAGACAAUUUGAACUAUGGUCACCUAGAUUACUUCUUCUGGCUCUUGGCUGUGUUGAGUGUGCUCAAUUUGGGAGCUUUUCUCUUGAUAGCUAAGUGGUACACAUAUAAGAGGCAAGUGGGGACUCUUGAUUGAUAACCAUAAAAGGAGUGAUAUAUAUCUCAGAUUUUAGCUUUCACAGUGAACUUGUAAAGAAGUGUACACCCUGCUAUUUUAUGAUGUAAAGCAGAAUCAAGUAAAGUUACAGGAUUUGGAUACUCUGCUAUUGAGGAUCUGUGUUGUAUUUAUGUUAUACAUCUUUUCAUGUGUUUUAACA